AUGAAUGCAGAUACGCAGAGUGUGAAUAGCAGCCUCAUGGAUAGCGAUCGCAAAUGGAGUUUGAGGCCACUGAUUAACAAGGCUGAACGGCAGCAUAAGCGUUUACCAGGAAUUAGAAAGAUUCCUCUUCGUGCCAUUGCCAUCAUACUGUUCAUCGCUUUCAUCAAUAUUAUUGUUUGGAUUGCUGCAGCUAUAGUACUGCGUUACCACCCGAAAUUGGUCUCCACAGCUGUGCUUGCCUAUACUCUUGGAUUGAGACACGCCUUUGAUGCAGACCAUAUUUCGGCCAUUGAUUUGAUGACGCGAAGACUACUUGCAACUGGACAGAAGCCGGUUACAGUGGGAACUUUCUUCUCACUCGGACACUCGACCAUUGUCAUCAUCACUUCCAUUGUUGUCGCCGCCACCGCCGCUGCCGUCUCGUCGAAAUUCGACAGCUUCAGCACGAUAGGUGGAAUCAUUGGCAGCUCUGUCAGCGCCGCUUUCUUGAUAUUGCUCGGAAUUAUGAAUGCCUAUAUUCUGUACAAGUUAAUCAAACAGAUGCAGAAAGUCUAUAACUUGCCGGAGGGCCAGGAAGACGAAGCUUGGAAGAUUGAGGGUGGCGGCAUUCUGUUCUCUAUUUUGAAGAAGAUGUUCAAGUUAAUUGACCGGCCCUGGAAGAUGUAUCCACUUGGAAUCCUUUUCGGAUUGGGCUUCGACACCUCAUCUGAGAUCGCGCUGCUCGGUAUCUCAUCAGUUGAAGCAGCCAAAGGCACAUCCUUCUGGGUCAUUCUGAUCCUUCCAGCACUGUUCACAGCAGGAAUGUGUCUCCUCGAUACCAUUGAUGGCGCUCUCAUGUUCUCCCUCUACAUCCAGCCCUCCGCAAAUUUCCUUCCGCCCAAGCCAACUGGCUCAACUUCUGAUGCCUCAACCGGCAAUGAUGGCGACGAACUUCCACAGUCUCAUGAUAACCAUCGUGAUCCCAUUGCGUUCCUCUACUACUCAAUCGUGCUCACCACCCUGACGGUCAUCGUUGCUAUCGUGAUCGGCGUGAUUCAGCUCCUUACUAUGAUCCUGAAUGUCACCAAUGCUACAGGAAAGUUCUGGGACGGUGUGCAGACGGCUGGCGACUACUACGAUGUCAUUGGUGGCUCGAUAUGUGGCUGCUUUAUCGUCUUCGGUGGAUUGAGCGUGGUUUUGUAUAAACCCUGGCGGCGAUGGAUGGCUCGUCGCCAUGGACGACCUCUCAUCACUUCCGAAGAUGGAAUUCAGGGUAAUUACCCCGAUUUCGGUGGGGACAACAGUAUUGUCGGCCACGAUACGAGGGGCGACGUUGAAGAGGCACUGACUGGGGCGGUGGGAAAAGGGGCGGCAUCGAAGGUUGAGGUGAAGGAAACCAACGAGCGCCGUAUUGAGGAUGAGAUUGUCUGA